AUGCGGCGGCUGCAGCGUCGCGGCGGCGCCUCCGGGUGUCGCUGUUGUCCGGCGCCGAGCGGCGCUGGAGCCGCCGCCGCCGCAGCGUCCUGCCCCCGCAGGCUGCUCGCUCGGCCGGCGCCGGCCACAGCGGCAGCGGCACCGCCAGCAGCAGCAGCGGCGAGAGGCGGCGGGGCGAGCUGGGUGUGUUUGAGCGGUGUCUGUUUUGGGCGGCGAGAGCGGCUGGAAGGGAGGCAGGGCAGCGGCAGUCGGCAGGAGCGCGGCGAGCGCAGUGGGCAGAGAAUGGCGGUGAGGCAGAGGCGGCAGAGGCGCGGGCCGGGCGGCGGGCGAGCGCUGCUGGCCGCGCUGCUGCUGCUGCUGCUGCUGUGCGUGUGGUGCCGGGCGGCGGGCGAGCGGCUCCGCUACGCCAUCCCCGAGGAGCUGGGCAGAGGCUCGCUCGUGGGGCCGCUGGCGCGGGACCUGGGGCUCAGCGCGGACGAGCUGCCGGCGCGCAGGCUGCAGGUGGCGUCUGCCGGCAAGAAGCAGCUGAAAUACUUCACAGUGAAUGAGGAGAACGGGAACCUGUACGUGAACGAGAGACUGGACCGGGAGGAGAUGUGCGGCGAGUCGGCGACCUGCUCCGUCAGCUUCGAGGUGCUGGUGCACAACCCGCUGAACGUUUUCCGCGUCGAGGUGUCCAUCGAGGACGUGAACGACAACUCCCCGACCUUCAGCAAUGCUGCUCUGGAACUUGAUAUAGGGGAAUGGAGUAUUCCCGGUUCUCGUUUUCCCCUGGAGAUGGCCCAGGAUGCUGACUCCGGAAGUAACUCGUUGCUGACUUACGAGCUUACCAGCAACCCAUCUUUCUCUCUGGUCGUGAAGGAGAGUCCUGACGGAAGCAAGCAGCCGGAAUUGGUGCUGGAGAGAACGUUGGACAGGGAGAAGGAAAGCUCUUAUGAGCUGGUGCUAGCGGCGCUGGAUGCUGGGGAUCCAGUUAGAUCCGGAACUAUCAGGAUUCGGAUCAAUGUGACUGACGCCAACGACAAUCCACCCGUGUUCGGGCAGGACCAGUACCGUGCGAGAUUGCGCGAAGACGCAGCACCGGGGUCGAGAGUGUUAAACGUCUCUGCCUCCGACGCCGAUACCGGCAACAAUGCUCGAAUCACUUACGGCUUUGGGAAAAUGCCUGCCAAGGUACUUCAGAAGUUCAUGAUGGACGCGGAGAGGGGAAUGAUCACGCUGAAAGACGCUUUGGACUUCGAGGAUACGAGAGGCUACACAUUACUGGUGGAGGCGAGGGACGGUGGAGGUCUGGUGGCACAGUGCAAGGUGGUGGUGGAGGUGCUGGACGUGAACGACAACCCCCCUGAGAUCACCAUUCUGUCCCUCUCGAGCCCGGUGCCAGAGGACACGCCGGCGGGCACCGUGGUGGCCGUGCUGAACGUGAACGACCCGGACUCCGGCGAGAACGGUGAGGUGUCGUGCUCGCUGUCGGGAGAGGCGCCGCUGUCGAUCGUGGCGUCGUCGAGCGGCUCGUACAAGGUGGUGACAUCGGGCGCGCUGGACCGCGAGCAGGCGUCGGAGCAGCGCGUGACGGUGGUGGCCCGGGACCGGGGCAGGCCGGCGCUGUGGAGCAGCAGGGAGCUGGUGCUGGAGGUGUCGGACGUGAACGACAACGCGCCGGUGUUCGAGGAGGCGGCGUACAGCGCGUACGUGGCGGAGAACAACGCGGCGGGCGCGCUGGUGCUGCGCGUGCAGGCGCGGGACGCGGACGCGGGCGCCAACGGGCGCGUGAGCUACUGGCUGGCGGGCGGCAGCGCGGGCGCGGCGGGCGCGGCGCCGCUGGUGUCGGUGGAGGCGCGGAGCGGCGCGCUGUACGCGCAGCGCUCCUUGGACUACGAGCAGUGCCGCGAGUUCACGGUGGCCGUGCGGGCGCAGGACGGCGGCUCGCCGGCGCGCAGCUCCACGGCCACGGUGCGCGUCUUCGUGCUGGACCGCAACGACAACGCGCCCAGGGUGCUCUGGCCCGCGGCGGCGGCGGCGGGAGAGGGUCCGGGAGGGGCGGCGGCGGCGGCUUUCGAGGUGGUUCCGCGCUCGGCCGAGGCCGGCUACCUGGUGGCCAAGGUGGUGGCGGUGGACGCGGACGCGGGGCGCAACGCGUGGCUGUCGUACGAGCUGGUGCAGGCGUCGGAGCCGGCGCUGUUCCGCGUGGGGCUGCACAGCGGCGAGGUGCGCACGGCGCGCGCCGUGGGCGAGCGGGACGCGGCCAAGCAGCGGCUGGUGGCCGUGGUGAAGGACCACGGGCAGCCGGCGCUGUCGGCCACGGCCACGCUGCACGUGGUGCUGGCCGAGAGCUUGCAGGAGGCGCUGCCGGAGCUGAGCGAGCGGCCGGCGGGCGCCGAGGCGGCGGCGGCGGCGGCCGAGCUGCAGUUCUACCUGGUGCUGGCGCUGGCGCUGCUCUCGGCGCUCUUGGUGCUGAGCGUGGCGCUGGCCGUGCUGGCGCGGCUGCGCCGGGCCGGGCCGCCCGCCGUGCUGCGCUGCCUGGGCGCGCAGCGCUUCUCGCUGGCCGGCGCCGCCUUCCCGGCCGACUUCUGCGAGGGCACCUUGCCCUACUCCUACAACCUGUGCGUGCCGCCGCCCGCCCGCGCCCUGCCCGAGGCCGCUUGGCCGCCGCCGCCGGUGCCCAUCCUGUCGGCGGAGGAACUUCUGGGCGGCGAUUCCGGCGACAAGCCGAGCAUGAACAGUGACCUCGUCGAUGGAGAGCCGCCUGCCAAUCCCGAUGCACCUCAGGUCUGUAAAGCCUGA